AUGGGAGGCGGACCAGACAUCCCCGUCCGUGACAGCGCGUCAAAAGAAAAGGAACUGGUGCUCUGUACAUUGCCAUGGCCUGAGGAGCAAGCUUCAGCCGGCAUUCAAGCAUUGAAAGAAGCGUUUGGUAAUGUGGAGGUCAAGUAUUAUCAUACCAAGUAUGCGAAUGGAAAGAUGGAACCGGUGGAUGUGCCUGAAGAAAUUCUCCGGCGCGCAAGCUACCUAGUAACCCUCUUCUGGCUCCCACCCGACGCCUCGUCCAUCCCCUCCGUCAAGCUCAUCCAAUUCGUCUCAGCCGGUACAAACCACGUUGCCAACCACCCCAUCUACACGGACUCGAAGAUCCCGCUAUGCUCGGCCAACGGCGUUCACGGCCCGCAAAUCGCAGAGUGGGUCAUCAUGAUGGAUCUGGUGCACAGCCAUAGCUUCACAAAGUUGUACGAUAACCAAAAGAAGAAGGUUUGGGAUCAGAGGCUAGGCAUGAAUGUUAGCGAUCGUGUGGGUAAGAGAGUUGGAAUCUUGGGUUACGGGAGCAUUGGUCGACAAGUCGCCCGCGUAGCAAAAGCAAUGGGCAUGGAUGUAAUAGCGUACACGGCAUCUCCGCGCAAAACCCCAGAAUCCAAACAUGACAAUGGGUACAUUGUGCCUGGCACUGGCGAUCCGGAUGGCAGUAUCCCCAGUGCAUGGUUCAGCGGGACGGAGAAAGUACACAUUCACGAGUUUUUGAAGCAGGAUAUUGAUUUACUAGUCAUAGCUGUGCCGUUGACCAAAGACACCACACACCUUUUCUCAACGCCGGAAUUUGAACUCUUGCACAAAUCUAAUCCCAAGGGGACCUACGUCGUCAAUAUUGCACGCGGCCAGAUCAUCGACCAAAAAGCUCUUAUUACCGCUCUGGAAACUGAGCAAAUCAAGGGCGCUGCGGUAGAUGUGACGGAUCCUGAGCCGUUACCCGAGGACGACCCACUCUGGGAUGCGCCCAAUGUACUCAUUACGCCGCACUGCAGCGGAGCAUCGGAUAUGUAUGUCGACCGUGCGUUCCAGUUGCUGAUUGAGAACAUCAAGCAUGAGAGAAGUGGUGGUCAAUUGAUCAAUGAAGUCAAUCGGAAGAGGGGGUAUUGA